AUGGCGGAUGCCGAACCAGAUUUCUCCUCCUUGCCGUUGCCCGACCGGUUCGCCCAUAAGAACUGGAAAGUCCGCAAGGAAGGAUAUGAAGAUGCCAAGGCACAAUUCGAAAAGACACCCGAUGAAUCCGCCCCCGUAUUCACACCAUUUUUAAACGACCCUAAUCUGUGGAAAGGGGCCGUCGCAGACUCCAACGUCGCCGCACAGGUGGAGGGCUUGGGCGCAUACUGUUCGUUCUUGAAAUUUGGAGGCCAACAAGCAUGCGCAAGAACUCGGAAUCUCACGAUCGGCCCGAUCUCGGAAAAGGGUCUCCCGUGUGCCAGACCAGUAGGUAAAGCCAGCGCACAAGAGGCUUUGUUAUUAUGCGUCGAAUUAGAUAAAGCCGAUCCCGUCCUCGAAGAUCUGUUGCCUACACUAUCUCACAAAGUGCCCAAGGUGGUUGCUGGUGCUUUGGCUGCUUUAACGCUUAUCUACCAUAACUUUGGAUGCAAGAUCGUGGACCCGAAGCCGACAUUGAAGGCUUUGACCAAGGUAUUUGGCCAUGCGGACAAAAAUGUGCGUGCCGAGGCGCAAAAUCUCACAGUGGAGAUGUACCGAUGGCUUCGCGAGGCCAUGAAACCACUCUUCUGGGGCGACUUGAAGCCUGUCCAACAGCAAGAUCUCGAGAAGCUAUUUGAGGGAGUAAAGCAGGAGGCAGCACCGAAGCAAGAACGAUUUACUCGGGCCCAACAAGAUGCGAUGGCUGCGGCUAGUGCAGCUCCGUCGGGCGGUGGUGCUGAAGACGAGGGAGAGGAAUACGCCGAAGAUGAAGAAGAUGGCGAGGUCCUCGACCUUGCAGAGCCUGUUGACAUUAUGCCGAAGGUGCCCAAGGACCUACAUGAUAACCUAGGCUCAUCGAAGUGGAAAGACCGCAAGGAAGCAUUGGAUGCAUUGUACAAUGUGGUCAAUGUUCCUCGGAUCAAGGAUGGCCCUUAUGAUGAAAUCGUGAGAGCGUUGGCCAAAUGUAUGAAAGACGCUAACGUUGCGGUGGUGACGGUGGCUGCCAACUGUGUCGAUUUGCUGGCUAGAGGCUUGCGUAGCUCUUUCAUGAAAUACCGAUCCAUUAUCUUGGUACCAAUAUUGGAGCGUCUCAAGGAGAAGAAACAGUCCGUGACUGAUGCUUUGGGUGGAGCACUUGAUGCUGUCUUCUUAUCAACGGAUCUUUCAGAUUGUCUGGAGGACAUCCUGGAAUAUCUGAAGCACAAAAAUCCGCAAGUGAAGCAGGAGACAGUCAAGUUUUUGAUCCGCUGUCUUCGUACCACUCGAAUUGUUCCAUCCAAACCUGAGAUCAAAUCCAUUGCUGAUGCAGCCACAAAACUCCUUACUGAAUCGACGGAAGGCAUUCGGGCCGGUGGUGCAGAGACCCUAGGUACUCUCAUGAAGAUCUUGGGCGAACGAGCUAUGAACCCUUACCUCGAUGGACUGGAUGACAUUCGGAAAGCUAAGGUCAAGGAGUUCUUUGAGACUGCUGAAGUCAAGGCCAAGGAUCGACCGAAGCCAAUCGUCGCACCUCCUAAGCCCGCUGCUCCGGCAGGCAGAAAAGCUAUGCCCCCCGGAAAGAAGCCAGCAUUGGGCUUAAAGAAACCAGCUCCUGCUGCCGCUGCCGCGCCUCCACCAGAAGAUCCCCCGGCCAAAGUUGCACCUAAGGGUAUUCCCUCAAAGCUCGGUGGUAUUCCAAAGGCUGGUGGUCUCGCUCCUCCCGGUUCGAAGCUACGAAGCAAGCUUGGUGGCCCAGGAGGCGUAGCCUCGCCAGUAAGACGAGCUGCUCCUCCUCCAGCGGAGGAAGAAGCCCCUCCUCCAGCGGCACCGAAAUUCGGCCUUGGUCGUGGUCUGGCUGGUCGCCCUAUUGCAAAGCCCUCGGCACCUGCUGAAGCCGCCCCUGCUCCCGCGCCUGCCAUGAGUGGCAUCUCAGCGGCAGAACGUGCGGAGCUCGAACAACUUCGCGAUGAGAAGGAGAGGUUUGCUCGGUCUAUUGAGGACAUGAAGUCUGAGCGUUCCAAAUUCAACAACCAGCUUACCGAGCUGCAGAAUCAAAAUGCUCAGCUAAUUGAAGAUCACACCAGAGAUGUCUUGAGUAUCAAGGCAAAGGAGACCCAACUGGUUCGUGCACGAAGUGACGCCGAGGCUGCUGAAGCCAAUGUUCAAAAGCAGCAACGGGAGAUUGAACGCUUGAAGCGUGAGUUGGCACGGGCUCUUCGCGCAACUGCAAUGAGCCCGCCCCAUGCUUCAUCGGAAAGUGCCAGCAUGGGCUUUUCGGAACCCGCAUCUAUUUACCAAGAAGCCUCCAGUGGAACCCCCUCGGCAGCACGAUCCAGCCUCCAUAUGGGAUCGCGAUUCGAGAGCUCGCGGCCUCGAAGCUACGCCUCUGCCAGCCCGAGUGAAGAGAAAGAAAACAACGGCCAUGAAUCCCCGGGUCUCGGUAGCCGAGAUGGUGGCCUUGGCCGACGCAAGCUCAGCCCGACCUAUGGCUACUCCAACGUUGGAAGCCCAACCCGCUCAUCGACUCGCAACUCCACCAAUCACACCGAUGAAGACCAACAGCCCCGAUCAUCAGAGCCUGCAGAGAACUGGAAGCGAGCUGCUGAAGUGACCAGCCAGCUCAAGGCCCGAAUCGAACAAAUGAAGGCCCGACAAGGUCUCUCACGACCUCCCACUCAACGUUAA